CUGAACAAUUUCCACAUGGUCGUGUCGGCCCACAUCGGACGGGCGGUCUAGUAAUAUCUUUUUGUUCCUAUCUUGGGCCUUAUUUUGUUGUCUUCGCAAGCGUGGCUCGUUCCUUGUCAGUCCGCAGUCCAGCAGUCCGCGCUUACAGGGAGAGCAGUUUGCUUUUUGCGAAAGCCCGUUCUUUUACUGCACGUCCGUCGGUUACUGGUAGAGCAUGGCGUCCACUUGUUGUUCGGGGGUCGUGGCGAGGACUGUUCUCCUUGACGGCACGUCACAAGGCUUUGCUGCGCCGCUUAGAAGUGGGAAACCACCGCCCAGUUCACCGUCGCUCUUCGUGUCAACCAAAAGAGUCGCGCCGCCCAAUCGACGAAGCAUCAGGCUUGUAGUGGUGCGAGCAGAUCCGAAAGGCGACGCGAGGGAGCUAUGGCGCCGCGAGAUUGAAGCCGACUCGGCGGCAGCAACAGAUUUUGAGGCGGUCGACGCGGACACGGUGAGGGAGGAGGCGCAGCGGCUGACACGUAAGCAGGUCAUGGAGCGGCUCGACAAGGCCAGCUUUCAGGAGCUUCGCGCGCUGCAGGAGAGCGGCUACGACUCCGACGGCGGCAGCACGCGGCCCGGCGGCGGGAAGAGCGCGGAGAGCGGAGGGGUGUCGUGGAAGGAGGUGGUGGAUAAGAUCCUCGUGGCGGACUUCUUUUUGAUCACAAUCGCUCUAGUGUGGUUCUUGACGGGCGUGCUUCAGCGUUCCAUCUCGCAUGACGACGGGCUGCUGCUGGCGUGGCUGAAGCUGUGGGACCCGCUGUUCCAGCCGGCCAUUGGGGUUUUUAUGGGCGCUGCUGUGCUGCAGGCUGUGCUUAAGAAAAGAAAUUAGACGCUUGAUCCUCAUUGAUCUCUUCUUUAUUAGUUCAGGGCAGGUGCAGCCUGAACUUCAGCUGGCCGUUGGAGAAAAGGGAACGGGGAGGGGGGGGGGGGGGGGGGGGAAGACAGGAGAGAAGUGGACGGGGGAAGGGGGUCAGGUGGUCGGGGUUGGGGGGAUUGGGUAGGGUGGUUGGGUCCAGCAUAUCUUCUACGUAACUCGCCACAUGAUUGUGACACGACCUCAGAGGAGUGUGCAGUGCACUCGUCAUAGCAUAUCAUGUUAGAAUGGAAGAAUAGACUAGAAAGGGAGAGUACAAGGUAAUCUAACCUAGAAGCUGUACCCUCUAAGACACAAACCUAUACAGUCUAUACAAACGUAACAAAAUAUGCUUGACACACCCCCUCGACUGUAUAGGGGCAGUUCCUAACGAGAGAACGAGCAGCUCAGGGUGGCACUACUAGUUCGACCUCUGAGGCAAGGGUCUAAAUGUCAAAUAUAACUUAUGUUGUUAC